CACUGCAUGGAAUCAGAAAACCUUACAGGAGUUCUAGAAUUCCUUCUUCUAGGAUUUUCAGAAGAACCAGAAAUGCAGCCCCUUAUCUUUGUGCUUUUCCUGUCCAUGUACCUGAUCACCGUGCUGGGGAACCUGCUCCUCAUCCUGGCCGUCAGCUCAGACCCCCACCUCCACACGCCCAUGUACUUCUUCCUGUCCAACCUGUCCUUCGUGGACAUCUGCUUCACCUCCACCACCGUCCCCAAGAUGCUGCUGAACAUCCAGGCACACAGCAAGGCCAUCAGCUAUGGGGGUUGCAUUGCCCAAAUGUACUUUUUUCUACUCUUUGGAGUGUUAGACAAUUUUCUCCUGGCUGUGAUGGCCUAUGACCGCUACGUGGCCAUCUGCCACCCUUUGCACUACACAGUCAUCAUGAACCCCCGCGUCUGUGGGCUGCUGGUCCUGGGGUCAUGGAUCACGAGUGCCCUGGAUUCUUUAUUAGAAAUCUUAAUGGUGUUGCGACUGUCCUUCUGUACAAAGUUGGAAAUCCCUCACUUUUUCUGCCAGCUCAACCAGGUGUUUCUUCUUGCCUGUUCUGACACCUUCAUUAAUAACCUGGUAAUGUAUUUUUCAAUUGCGCUACUGGGAGGGGGCCCCAUGGCUGGGAUCCUUUAUUCCUACUCUAAGAUUGUUUCUUCUGUAUGUAGAAUCUCCUCCGCUCAGGGGAAGUACAAAGCUUUUUCCACCUGUGCAUCUCACCUGUCUGUGGUCUCCUUGUUUUAUGGCACAGCCCUGGGUGUGUACCUGAGCUCUGCUGUGACCCAGAACUCACAACCCAGUGCCAUCGCCUCGGUGAUGUACACGGUGGUCACCCCCAUGCUGAACCCCUUCAUCUACAGUCUCCGGAACAAAGACAUCAAGGGGGCGCUGAUGAGUUUCCUUGGGAAGAAAAGAAUAAAGGAACAAUGGUUCUACAAUUGA